GGGGGGAGCGCGAGAGUGAGUGAGUGCCUGAGUGAGUUUACCCCUAUGAGGCGGUGAGAGGCCCGGGGCCUACCUCAAAGGAGCGGGGUCGCGGCGCCGGCUAGCAGCGGGCCCCCUUCUCGGUCCCCGGGUCCGGCGGCGCGGCGGCGGCUCGGUUGUGAGGAGGCGGGGAAGAGGUGUCCGGCCCCAGCCAUGGAGGGCAUGGACGUGGACCUGGACCCCGAGCUGAUGCAGAAGUUCAGCUGCCUGGGCACCACCGACAAGGACGUGCUGAUCUCCGAGUUCCAGCGGCUGCUUGGCUUCCAGCUCAACCCGGCCGGCUGCGCCUUCUUCCUGGACAUGACCAACUGGAACCUACAAGCAGCAAUUGGCGCCUAUUAUGACUUUGAGAGCCCAAACAUCAGUGUGCCCUCUAUGUCUUUUGUUGAAGAUGUCACCAUAGGAGAAGGGGAGUCGAUACCUCCUGAUACUCAGUUUAUAAAAACAUGGCGGAUCCAAAACUCCGGGGCAGAGGCCUGGCCUCCAGGGGUUUGUCUUAAGUAUGUCGGGGGAGACCAGUUUGGACAUGUGAACAUGGUGAUGGUGAGAUCGCUAGAACCCCAAGAGAUUGCAGAUGUCAGCGUCCAGAUGUGCAGCCCCAGCAGAGCAGGAAUGUAUCAGGGACAGUGGCGGAUGUGCACAGCUACAGGACUCUACUAUGGAGAUGUCAUCUGGGUGAUUCUGAGUGUGGAGGUGGGUGGACUUUUAGGAGUUACGCAGCAGCUGUCAUCCUUUGAAACGGAGUUCAACACACAGCCACAUCGCAAGGUAGAAGGAAACUUCAACCCGUUUGCCUCUCCCCAAAAGAACCGACAAUCAGAUGAAAACAACUUAAAAGACCCUGGGGGUUCCGGGUUCGACUCGAUCAGCAAAAAUACAUGGGCUCCUGCUCCUGACCAAACCGAGCAAGAUGAGAAUAGACUCUCACAGAACUCUGUAAAUCUGUCCCCCAGCAGUCACGCAAACAACUUAUCAGUAGUGACAUACAGUAAGGGGCUCCAUGGGCCUUACCCCUUCGGCCAGUCUUAAAACGGUGUGAGCAAGAAGAAAAAUUAACAAAAGACAGAAGGCCUGACUUUGGGGGGGAGGGCGAGGGGUUCCUCUGGAUUGCAGACACAUCGCACGGACCCGUGGCUCUGACCCCCCAUCUCAGAAGAAGAGGAAGAAGGAGAACAGACUAAUUUUGAGUAAAUGCUGUAUGCAUGUGUGAAUGCUGAAUCGCAGGAAUGGCAUUGAGGCUACCAAGAAGAAAUCCGUGCAGCCACCUUGGGUUUUGUUUAUUAGGCGUCAGUCUGACGAGUCAUUAGUCACUUGGGAGGGAAAAAACAUUUAAAGUGGGGGAAAAAAGCCAUCUUUUGAAACAAAAAUUACUUUGCCUACAGACAGGUUGUAGUUUUGAGCACAUGUUAAUUUUCCCCCCCUCUUUGCCCACUUUUAUUUUAGAUAAGGGAUAACAUACUCUUUAUAGACUAGCUGCUUGCUCUGGAAGCAAUUCAGGUUAAAAGCUGGCGUGGCAUGUUUGGGACUCUGGGUCAGUGCUACAGGAGGACAUGUGUCGUGCCACAUGACUCUAGAAGUCUCUGACCCCAUUUGUUUUUAAUGGCAUCGGCCAAUGAGUUAUCACCCUUUUCCUCUUCUUUUCUCUUUCAUCUUCUGUUGAUUUACACCUUUGACAUUUGUAUUCAUUAACCCUGUGGCUUGUUACCAUUAGAACCUCUCUGAAGACCAAACUUCCCUGUGUGGCCAGCAGAGGAAGCCUUGAGGACAGAUCUCGGGUGACGUGGGAGUUUCAGAGGCUGACAGGUGUUCUUCUGCACACCCUUGUAACAAUUCAGAUUGCUUUUCUUCCAUGUUUCCCUUGGCAGAGAGAAAUGCCAUCAUGCUUACUGCUUUUUUGGAUUCUUCGUGCACUGUGGCUUCCCCCUCACUCUGGGAACCGUGCCUCUGUGCUAGGUGUUUGUGUGUGCCACGCACGCGUGGGAUUGGUGCAGCUCACCAGCAAGUGUGCAGCGGUGAGUGUGAGGGCGCCCCAUGCUCCUCUGUGAUCACACAGCUCCCUUCCCUCAAGUUGUCCUUUGUGGUGUUCUCACAGCCUGUUAGUAGAGGCUGAGCUGUUGAGGUAUGAAAACACAGCCCCACAUGGGGAGUUGGCCACGGGGAUGGACUGUGUGAUCUCGGAGACCACAUUUAGUUGGAAAUGAGAGCCUCUGCCCUAGCAGGGUGUUGGGUAUCGGAGAUGGUGGGCGAGGGGCAGCCGGGCUGGAGCAGGGCUGACUGGCUGGCUGCUCCCUUGGCAGGUAGCCCCACUGGCGUGCUGUAGAUUCAAGCAGGUUGAGAUGUGGACCUCUCCAUGGGAAGCUUGAACCAGGCUAGAACAGCUGUCUGCCAAAGAUACAAGAAUAUGCAAAGUCCCUCUUCUCUUCUUGCCCCCUCCUUCCCUUGAGUCUUGGUCGGUUUGCUAGCCGGGGAUAUGGAUCUAAGGUGCAGUUGCAGGGUCGCCUGCCUGUUACCACACCACCCCCCACGGGGGUGAGACAGGCAAGCAGGGAGACCACGUGACAAGCGGCUGCAAGGGGUCAUAUAGCCUGGGUGUGGGUGCGGGUCUGCCUGCCUGUCUGUCUCUGUUUGGGUGUCUGAGUUCCAAAACUGUGUGUUGUUUGUUCCUCCUCAUCCUCUUCUAAGACUGUUUUUUAAAGUUUGAUUGUGGGAGAAAGCUUGUAUGAAAUUCGCCCUUUGCUUCCCCACCUGCCCCCCCCCCAAAAAAAAAGAAAGUAAAUAAAAAGAGGAAUAAAUAUUGGUCCACUGGAGAAGCCUUGGGAGGGAAGAGCCAGCCUGCUGAGAAGGGGUUGUAGCUGGGGCCGGGGCUAGACAAGGGCACACGCCAGAGCAGCCCCUUUCUGUACACGUGGUGUAUGCCCCAUUUCUGAGCAGAGGAGCGUCCUUGCAAGGUGCCCCCGCCACCACUGGCCCAUGCCAGGAGCUCACAGUGGCUUUUUGGCUAGGGCCCUAUUCACCCAGUCUGCUGCUGUUUGUUGGUGCCAACCUCCUGGGACACUGCCACCUUGGAGCCCAACGUGCCCUGCGCAGCACGUCUCAGGCUGCCCUGGCAGGAUCAUGGGAGGCUUUACAUCCCUGGUUUUCUGACUCCUCAUCUGCCCGAACGAGUGUUGCUGCCCGCUCCCGCCAAGGGCUCCCUGCCAUUCUUCAGCAGCCGUGGCGUGGGCUGUGGCAGGAGAGACCUCGCCCUGCUGGCGGCCGCCUGUUCCUCUUGCUUGUAGGCAGCCUCACCCAGCAAGGCAACUGGCCCAUGCAUGUUGACUUUCCUUCCAAGAGCAAACCAAUUCUGGGCACAUCCUUGGAAAAGUGAGCUGCUCUCAGAGGGCAGGGCAAGCGUCGGCCACCGAGCAGGGCCAGGGAGCCUGUGGCGUCCCCACGACCAGGGGAUGUCAGCACCACUCCUCUUGCCUCCUCCCGGUGGUUUGGGUUCUGAGCAACGCCUCAAGCCCUCCCCUGCCCUCCCCACCUGCUGGAGUGGUACAGGCUUCCUCUCAUCUCAGCCCAGGGGUCCCGUUCCUCCGGAGUCUUCACCAGACAGCAGGCUGCCUCUGGGCAGGACCGGUGUCUGGCAUC